AUGGCCCCGAGCGAUCGGCGGCCCCGCAGCGAGGCACAGUCUGCGGCUCAGGGGGCUGGGAAGACAACAUUAGCCCAUCAUAUAGCACAGACAUGGAAAUGCAUUCGUAUCGAAGCGGCAUUGAUUUUGGAAGAACAUAUUUCGGCUAAAACCCCAACAGGAGCUAUGUUGCAAGCGAUACUGCUCAGUGGCCAAAGUGUCCCAGAUGAACUGAUCAUAAAGCUCAUGUUGGAAAAGCUCAACACACCACAAGUCGCUCACUUUGGUUAUAUUAUCACUGAAAUGCCAUCAUUUUCACAGGAAGCCAUAAGUACAUUAGACCAAAUGGAAUUAAUCAAAAACUUAAACUUGAAACCUGAUAUUUUAAUCAAUAUUAAGUGCCCCAACUAUGAUUUAUGCCAAAGAAUUUCUGGGCAAAGACAACAUAGUACUACAGGGUACUUAUACCCAAGAGAUCAGUGGGAUCCUGAACUCAUUGGAAGUCGAAAGAAAAAGAAGAAAGAACCCCAAAAGGAGGGGAAAGGAGGAGAAGAAGAAGAAGAGGAAGAAGAGCAAGAGGAAGAAGAGGCAUUUAUUGCUGAAGUGCAGUUGAUGGCAGAAGUUCUCCAACAUCUAGUUCAGAGGCCUGAGGAUUUCUUGGAAAAUGUUGAAGGCAUUAUUCAACUUUAUAAGGACACAAUUCUUCAUCUUACCGAAGGAAUGAUGGCUGAGCACAAUUCCCAGUAUCUCAUUGAGCUGGAUGGAAAGAAGUCCUCAGAGGAGCUUUUCCUGACAGUGAUCGAGCGACUUCAGUAUCUGAACCUCAAAAGAGCAGCUGUGAUCACCAAACUGCAGAGUGCAGAGGAGGAGAUGAGUGAUGUAAUGGAAAACGAUGAGCUGUUCCGGAAUCUGGCAUCUUUUAAAUUAAUUGCACCAAGAUAUCGAUGGCAGAGGAGCAGAUGGGGCCGUGCGUGUCCUGUGGUUUUAAAAGAAGGCGACGUUUACCCAGGAUUACCAGAUUAUUCUGUGAGUUUCCUAGGUAAAAUAUACUGUCUUUCCUCGGAAGAAGCACUGAAAGCGUUUUCAGCGAAUCCUCGUCCCUAUCUGCUCCCACCUAUGCCAGCACCACCAUGCAAAGUAUUCAUAUUCGGACCUAAAUCGUCGGGGAAAACAACACUUAGCAAUUUGAUUGCAGAAAAGUAUAAAGGAAAGGUGGUUGACUAUGUCAAACUUGUUCAACCACGCUUUGAUCAAGCCCUUGAAACUUUAAUUGCGAAUACUAUAGCUGAAGCCACGGCACUUGCUAUUAGACUCGUGAAAGAAAAGCUUCUCAAAGAACUGCAAGAUAAAAAGAGAGAAUCACAAGCUUCAAGGGAAUUGGAAAGAAAUGAAAAGAUGUAUGAAGAACUCCAGAUGAGAGAAUUUAAAGGCCCAGAAGAAUUCCCUUCUUCCAUCGAAGAAGAUGACAACCCAGAUCCUCCAAGAGAAAGCUCUCUAGAGGAGGGUGAAGAGGCCAAAACGACAACAGACAAACCCUUGGAUGAUCAAAAGGACAAAAGUGAAAAAGACGCUGCAAUAGAAGACACAAUAGAAGAGGUGACUGCAGAGCAUCCAGAGGUUGUGGCCAUGAUUGAGGAGGCGGUCAAGAAGACAAAGGACAUGAACUUUGACCAGCCAUAUGAGAAGCAUGCUGAGAUCUUAGAGGCCAUCUUUGCACAGAUAUCAGAAGAAAACAAGAAUAGGUAUCCUGGUGCUCCCAGACGUGGAGGAUGGAUCGUGGAGAACUGCCCUGUGACCAAAAAGCUAUGGACAAGCUUAGCAGAUAAAGGAAUUUUACCGGAUUUAAUCAUCUGUUUAUCAGAUACAGUAAACAAUGGAAAAUACUUACUUUCAAGAUUAUAUUUAGAGAAUAAACCUGAAGUUGAUGCUAAGAUUUUAGAAAGAUUACGAGAAGAAUUGCAAAAGAAGAAGAGAGAGGAAGAAGCAGUCAGAAAAGCUGCAGAAGAAGCUUUGAAAAUUGAAGAAGAAAACCAAAGGAUGCUGGAAGCUAUGAAGGCAACAGCAAAAGAAGAAGCUGACCAAGAGGCUGAAGAAGAGAUUGACACUGAGGAGUCUGAAGUUCCUGAGGGGUCCGAGGCCCCUGAGGUGUCCGAAGACGCCAGGCAGUCGUUGCUAACUGAAGAGUCCGAGCUGUCUGAGCUCCCAGAAACAGAAUCUGAUCCAGCAGCUGAGCCCACUGAGAUUCCUUACGUUGAAACUGAAAUUCCAAAAGAGUCCAAAGAAGGCCUGGAAACUGAGAAGUUAUCUGAAACAGAGGUGAUGCUGCCUGAGUACCCCAAAGACUCUUAUCCUGAUGUUCCUGAAAUGGAGCCAUUUAAAGAGAGUCUGAAACAUUUCGCCGGCAUCUGGAAACAGCUGGAAACUACACUUGGUGAAUUAAUUCCUAUCCCGACUUUAAGCAUGGAGAUUGCUGGUAAAACUCCAGAGGAACUACUUCAGCAAGUGAUUGAGAUGCUGGAAAAACCCUUUAAAUACAUUGGUUGGGAGUUAACCGUGGAUGAUUAUGAUGAAGAAGCAGAAGACUAUCAGGCUGAAAUAGAAGCCGAUGAAGAUUUUGAAGAAGAGGAGGAGGAGGAAGAAGAGAAUGAAGACCGAAUUAAAGAAAGGAGGAGACAGCUAGGAGAUUCCAAGCACUACUGUCCAGUGGUUCUCAAGGAAAACUUCAUCCUACAACCAGGCAAUGUAGACGAAGCUGUAAAAUAUCGAGAAAAGAUCUACUACUUUUCCAGUCCUGAAACUAAAGAGAAGUUUUUGGAACACCCUGAGGAGUAUAUAGCCCACAAAGAACCACUAAAGGCUCCUCCACUACGGCUGUGUCUUCUCGGCCCCCACGGCUCUGGCAAAACUGUCUGUGGAAGUUCUUUGGCAAAAAAGUUAGGCAUUUUUCAUAUUCAGUUUGAAGAAUUUCUUCAGGAAAAAUUAAUGCUCAAAACGGAAAAGAAAGUUGGGCCUGAAUUUGAGGAGGACUCUGAGGAUGAACAAAUGAUAAAGCAAGAGAUUGAAGAGCUCGCCAUUCAGGCCAACAUUGUGCUGGAGGAAGAAAAGACCAAGAAGCCGCCUCCAGAAGUACAUCUUACAGAAGAAGAAGACGCAAUCAAAUCAAAUCUAAUAGAAAAUGAGCCACUGCCUCCAGAAAUUCUCGAAGGGAUUCUCUCUGAGUGGUGGUUUAAGGAACCAAUAUGUUCCACAGGUUUUAUUCUCGAUGGCUUCCCACGGUACCUGGAGGAGGCCCAGUUUCUGGGAGAGCGUGGCUUUUUCCCCGAUGCUGCUGUUUUCUUACAAGUUGAUGAUCAAGAUGUCACUGAUCGUCUUCUUCCUACUCACCUGGAGAAGUGGAAACAGAAACAAAAGAAGAAACUGGACAGGAAAAAACUCAUCAAAGAUAUGAAGACAAAAAUACGGGAUGAUAUGAUUACUAAACGAAGGGCUGAACUUUUAUCAGAAAGAGAGAGAAAAAGGAGAGGGGAGGCUUCUGCUAAAGAAGAUGAAGAUAUGAGUGAGGACGAGCUGGAUGACGAGGAAGAUAGUAUUGAAAACAUCCUCGAUGAAGAGUUUCCAAAAGAUGAGGAAGAGAUGAGUGAGGAAGAUGAAGAACAGGAAAGUGAGGCCGUUGAACGCCUGAAAAGUGAGCUGGGAGAUAAAUUUGAAACAGACCUGAGUAAUCUACAAGUAAUACAGGAGGAAUUUGACAAGUUUUUAAUACCAAUAAUCAACAUUAACGGAGCUCGGAAAACCCACAUUGUACAAUAUAUAUUGGAUAGCAAAGUGAAGCCAAUGGUGGAAAAUCGUGCGAGCAUCUUUGAGAAAUGUUUUUCAAUAGCGCCACAACUUGCCCAGAAAAUGCUUAACUAUACCUACAGAUAUACAAGCUCAUUUGGAUAUUGGGAUCCAGUAAAGCUAAGUGAAGGAGAGACUCUCAAGCCAAUUGUAAGUCCAGAGAAUCCUAUUUAUCCUGUAAUCCAUCGUCAGUAUAUUUAUUUUUUAUCUAGUAAGGAAACUAAGGAAAAAUUUAUGAAGAACCCAAUCAAAUAUAUCCGACAGCCCAAACCUAAGCCUACUCUGCCACUGAGGAUUGUGAUCGUGGGGCCUCCAAAGUCUGGGAAAACCACAGUUGCCAAAAAAAUCCAAAGUGAAUAUUGCUUAAGGCGUUUAUCAAUAGGAGAUGUGUUGCGUUUUGUAAUAAACAACCAAUCAAGAACAGAGCUGGCACUUAUGUUAAAUUGGCAUCUUUAUCAAGGACUGACAGCACCUGAUGAACUGGCUACUCAAGCCUUAGAAAUUUUUUUAAUGGACAGCAUAUGCAAUACUGCAGGUGUUGUCAUUGAUGGAUACCCUGUAACUAAAAAGCAAGUGAAUGCCUUGGAAGCCAGGACAGUCAUCCCCAUGAUCAUCUUUGAGUUAGAUGUGCCCUCCAGGGAGAUUUUUAAAAGACUGAUCCUGGAUAAAAAAGAGCAACAGAGUUUUCCAUAUCCACUGCACAAUAGUGCACAGAUUACAGCUGUCAAUAACUCAAAGUACCGUAAAGUUAUUGAUGAGAUUAGACAUUACUAUCAAGAACAACACCAAAACUGGUACGUGAUUGAUGGACUUCACAGCAAAUGGUGGGUAUGGAAUGAAGUCAUUAAGAAGAUCCAAAUGGUGAAUUCAUAUAUCCAGACAUACCUAGAAAGAAUCAAAUUAGGUAGCUCAGCCAACACUCGUCAACAGUCCAAGCUGCUGCAGGAACCUCUCCCCAACAUCCGCAACACCAAAAAAUUCCUGGAGAACCCAGAGCUGUAUGUGCCUCCAUUAGCUCCCCAUCCACUCCCAUCUGCCUCCAUGAUCCCCAAAAGGCUGACACUGUCCGAGCUGAAGAGUCGCUUCCCUAAGUGCGCGGAACUGCAAGGCUACUGCCCAGUGACCUACCAGGAUGGCAAACAAAGAUACGAAGCCCUAAUACCGGGCAAUCUUGACUAUGCAUUAGAAUAUUGUGAUCGCAUAUAUAUUUGUGAGACUGAAGAAAAACUCCAAAAAUUUUUCAGGUCACCACUGAAAUAUUGGGACCAGAAACUUCCAAACAAACUUCCCCCAUUAAAGGAGCCGAUCUUCCUUACCAGUCUUCCUUUACCUGGAUACCUGGAACAGGGUGUUGCCAAUUCUCUCAUUAAAGCCAUGAAUGCAGUAGGAUGUCUAAAGCCCAAAUUCCCCUUCUUGAGCAUAAGAAGAUCUGCACUGCUGUUUAUAGCACUUCAUCUGAAAGCAUUUAAUCCGAAAAGUUCUGGAUACACCCGAAACAAAUAUAAGAAGAAGAUGGACCAGUUUGUGGAGCGAUGUGAGCUCAUCACAUACCUGGGUGCCAAGAUGACCAGAAACUACAAGGAGCCCCAAUACAGAGCCAUUGACUUUGACCAUAAGUUACAGGCCUUUCUCGCGCUCAGAAACAUAGACCCGGUGAAUGGAUAGUUUUCCGGGGGCACUUGGGUCUGAGCCUCAACAGUUACCCAAAGGAAGAGCUGCAACACACUUUGGGGUGACUUCUCACCGCAGAGUUCUGCAGCCGGGAAGGAAUGUUCUUCUGUGAGCAGAGAUUUCUACCUAGCGUGUUCCUGGUUCCCUAGAUGUUGAUGCUUUUUUAAAAAAGGAAAUAGUUGUUAUAUUGAGAAUCUCAUUUAAAAGAUGUAUGCAAUUUUAUAUAGCAAAUUUGUUCAUUUUCCUCUUUAAUGUUUUCAGUAGGGAAAUCAGUCUGUUAAAGAAAACUUCUCGUUAAGUGCUAGAAAGUUCCAAGAAACAAAAUAAGCAUUGAAAUAAAUAAAACAAAUGCUGGUUGUACUUUGGACAAAAAUACCUGUUUGUAAGCUUUGUGAAAUAAGAACUUUCUCACUUCUCUCAGGUGACUGUAAUAAACAGAUGUUGCAACA